AUGGCGCCGACAAUGACAAUUCCGAUGCCCAUGGGCGAUGCAUCGUCGGCAAUGACGGCUGAUGCGACGUCCAUGUCCAUGGCCACACCGACAGCCAUCGACAGCAAUAGUAUGGGCGGCAUGGGCGACAUGAAUGCCAUGAUGGGCGGCGCCGGCAGCGACUCGAGCGACAGCAUGGGGCCCAUGGCCAUGACCUUUUUCUUCUCUUCCAACACGUCGCUCUUCUUUCGGUCCUGGACGCCGCCCAAUGCCGGGGCCUAUGUCGCGACUUGCGUCUUCCUGCUGCUUCUGGCGGUCUUGAUGAGGGCCAUGCUGGCGCUCAAGCCGAUUCUGGAAACCUCGGUCUGGAAGCCUCGACGCGGGUCCGACUCGCACGAAAUGCUGCUUUCGGACGAGUGUUGCGACGAAGACCAAGACCGGCUCAAGGAACAACAACACUUGGUUCGGGGAAGAGAUGCUAGUAGUAGCGGCAUUCAGCGGCUGCGUUUGGAGAUCAAGAGCCGGUGGUAUGGGUGGAGGCUCAAGUCGCGUUGGUUGCGAGCCAUGUUUGAAAUGGCGUUGGCUAUUCUUGGGUACCUCUUGUAA